UUGGAAAUGAUCUCUAACGCCAAACAAAACCCGGAAGUCGCUGCUGUAAGGCGUUUGUUUCCUACGCAGUCGCUGUAAUCUUUGCGGGUGGAGAAAAUAAGCAGCAGUAAUGGGGGCCUUCAUCUCCAGGUGGAAGGCGAAACCUCCUACAGUAGAACUUCUGGAGGAUUUAGACAAGGAAAUUAAGGACCUCGAGGAGUUCCGUGGGAAGAACCAGCGCAUGCAGAAGAUAUGGGUCGGCCGUUUGCUCUUCUACUCUGCCGCUCUUUACCUGUUCACCUGCUUGUUUGUUUAUUACCUCUACCUGCCUGCAGAAUGGAGCGGCCGGAUCGUCACCGCUCUGCCUCUGAUCGCCUUUCCGGCACUCGUGUGGUUCGCUCGCAAGCUGCUCAUCAUCCUUUUCUCCAAACGCACCGAAAGGAACAAUGAAAAAUUGGAGGAUCUAAAGUCAGCGAAAAGAAAAAUCCUGGAAGAGGUGAUGGAAACAGAGACGUACAAAAACGCCAAGUUGAUCCUGGAAAGAUUCGACCCGGAAUCAAAGAGCAAAGCGGAAGCGGAAGCCACUCCAGCUCGACCCCAGAUGACGCCCAAACCUGGACAAGAGGUUCGACUGCGCCACAUUGCGAUGGCCACCCCCGGGCCACGCCCCACACCACCUGGAGCCACGCCCCUCCGCACUGCCCCCGGUGGUCCCCCUGAGAAUAUCACUGGAGCUUCGGUAUCGAGUCCAGCCCUGAGCAGCGGCAUGCAGACACCACCACCAAUAAGGAGGAGCAUGAGCCCUUAUUCGCCUGUACUGGGAACAGGCAUGCACCCCCCAGGUCCGCCAAUUGCACGACCCAUCCUUCCCCGAGAGCGCAGUGCAGUGGACCGGGUCAUCGAGUACCUGGUGGGAGACGGACCUCAGAACAGAUACGCUCUGAUUUGUCAGCAGUGUUUCUCUCAUAAUGGUAUGGCCCUGAAGGAGGAGUUUGAAUUUUUGGCUUUUCGUUGUGCCUACUGCUACUUCAUGAACCCAGCGAGGAAGACGCGGCCUCAAGCCCCCAGACUCCCGGAGUUUAAUUUUGAACGCCGUCUGCGCUCAGAGUCCCCUGAACCACAAUCCUCAGCGGCAUCGAACACUCCAGAGGAUAGCGACGCCCAUGAGGAAAGUGUAAUGUCGAGUCCUCGCCCCCACUCCUCACUAGGUGUAACACCGUGGAGCAAAGUCCACAGUUUCAGCCAAGACCACACAGAGAAUGUCGAGCCUCCAGCUUGUGCUGACAAACCAGAGCCAGAGCAAGAUAAAGAGGAAGCCCCGCCCACAAGCGACGGGACAGCGGAAAGCCCCGCCCCCUCUAAGGAUGGAGAACCUGAAGCUCAGAUUUGAGUUCACCUGAUGCUCCGAAUGCCAUGUUUUGAAUGUUUAAGCCAGUUUAAUGCAGCUUUUAAUUUAUUUCUUGGUCUCUGUUCUGCUGAAAGAUAUUUUGCACUAGGUUUUUUUUUUUUGCCAAUUUCUAGUAUUACCUGCAAAAAAGUGCACUCCUAUAAGCUUCCGUAUUUUCUAUGUGUCCUGUUUGAGCCAGUGGGAGUUUAGGAAUGAGAGUUGGUGUGUGUGUUUGCAAUGACAAUGUCAUUUCAAUAUUAAUGCUAUAGAAGUGUAAGGAAAAGCCGAUUUUCUAGUAUCAGUAUGCUUUUUUUUUUUUUAAAUCGAUUUUAAUGUUGGAUUAUUUUACUCCGUUUUUUAACCACACAGAUUGUUUGUUUUGGUAUUAUUUCAUUUGUUUACAGAUUCAGACUACAAUGUGUGCAUUCUUUCGAUCUGUUUGCCAGUCGCACUCAUUUCACUUUUACAUCCGAUUGUGUUCUGAUUGUUUUUAAUUGCUUGUGGGUAUUUAUUUGAAUGUUUGGUGCCUUUACAAAAAAAACUAUUAAAAAAACACAGACAGGCGCAGAAGCUGUUUCUAUUUAGGGUUGCAAAAUUCCAAGUAUUUUCCAAGUCUGGAAACUUUCAAUGGGAAUUAAUGGGAAUAAACUUGGAAUUUACAAAAUUGCAGGUUAGCGUUGAAUUUGCACGUCAAAAAAUAUCCAUUUUAGCAAAUAUUCACGUAAAUGACAUGAAUAUUACAUAAAUCUAUGUUUUAAAACUUCCUUGUGCUGUGUGUAAACUUGUGCAACAGCAUUAUACAAUUUAAUCAUAGUUUAUUUAAAUUUACCUGCUGUUUAAAUUACUUUAUUUAAAUUUCACCAAUUAUUUUUUAGUAAUUCCCAUAUAUCUGGCAACUUUUCAACUUGGAAUAUUUCCAAAAUUCCCAAAGUUUUCAGGAAUUUACUUUAAAUGUUCAGCCUCUUUGCAACCAUGUUUUUACCUGAUCGCGACCCUAUCUUGAUGCGAAUUGAACCGUUUACACUUCAGAUUAUAAUCCGGUUUCUGUGUCAUGUUAUUUUUCUCCCUGAAUGAUACCGACUGCCUACAAUUUCAAUAUUCUGUAUUAUAUCUGUCGCUUUAUGAAAAAGGUUUCCUGGGUUGUGCCACGGCGAUUUGGACGUAUUUACAUUUACACCUGCACGUUUCUACGUGGAAUAAUCCAGAUGUUCAUGAGAGCAUUAAAUGAAACGAAUUCGAAGUCCAGAUUAAACCACUACGAGGUUACAGAUAAAGACGUCUGUCUGAUCAGCAAUGGUGCGCUGAAUAAAAUGUGCAAUACGCGCGUGUUUACUGCAGUCUCCGUUCUGCACGCUGAGAUCCAGCUGUGCAGUCUCCGUUCUGCACGCUGAGAUCCAGCUGUUCUAAUUCGGCAGCACGUGAUCGAGCUUUCAUAGUAAAUACGUAAUGAGGUGUCUGACUCAGUAUUUUGUAUUAGACGAGCUUUUAUUAUUUUUCUGGUUUUGUCUCUGCACGCAUAACCUCGAAAAACAUCUGUGCAUACAAUAAAGAUUUUUUUUUUGGAA